CCGACCGUCGCAAAACUCUUAUCAUAGUAGCCAGACUUGUUGUUGAUCUAAUUAACAUCAUUGUCAGUGUUUGUAUGGAAACGUCCAAAACUUUAGUCUUUGGGGGUAGUGACGGGCCACAGAACAAGAGACGAAUAAGAAACAAAUGCAUUCAAGUAAAGUCUUCCGUGACUCUUUUGAGAGAGUACAAUGACGUUAAAAACAACCAAUUUGUUGUGGGUAGCAAGCAAGCAAGCCAGUGGAUAACUUAGCAUGCAUCGACAUCGUUGAUCAGCAGGUUUCGACUACGUGGUAGGCUACUCAUUGGAUUUAAAUGCAGACCUAAACAGCAGUGGUUAUGUGACUAAAUUCACGGUCAUGCGUUACUGUUUGAACAUCAACCAGCUAGUUUGCCAGAAUAACAGUUAGCUAGCAUAGUCCUCCCAACCCUGGUUUACUAGGGUUUUUUCCCCAGCGCGUUGCUUGUGUUGCAAGGGAAGUUUCUAACGAAAACGACGAGCAUUGUGAAAAUGGUUCUGCCCUCACUCUCUUUUUCAGCGUUUGCCUUCUUUCUCCGGCUAUCCUUUGUGUUUGUCUAGCAUGAAGGCGUCGCAAGGAACCUCAUACUGUAGCUAGCAUAUGCACUUAGCCCAUUCCCUAUUGUUUGAAAAAGGUAAUCUGUCAAAAUUACGUGCCUUCUAAAUAGUGCCUCCAGUGACGUGGGGCGACUGGAGAGUGCAGAGGACACUGGGGAAAUGGAGGGUCACAUGCAGUCGAGAAAGUCCGCUGACACGGAAAGAGUGAGGGAUGAGUGGAAGGAUGUGGUCGACGUGCACCGGUGCCACAUCUGUGGCUUCACCGCAGGUGAUGUUGGAAGUCUCAGUGUUCACCUCAGCUCGGCGCAUCCCACCACAGUUCAACCUCACCCGAGCAAGUAUACAAGCAAUGUGCUGCAUGGCCAAAAACAAGAGGAAGAAGUGGAGGAGAGGAAAUCGUUGUCAGUGUGUUUGCCUGGAGAGAGGGAUCCGAAGACUCAUAGAGGACUGGAUGCAACUGGAGAGGGUUUGGAAGAUAAUACCAGAAGCAGCGAAUCUGCAGAACCUACCCCACCUAACGGAGUCACCAAAGCGCAGCAACAACAGGCAUCUCUCAGGUCUGCCGCAACAUCAUCCCAAAGAACACCCCCGCCUUUUGCACCCGAGAGGACCCCAGCGGGUCCACUGCCCGGCUGCCCCGCCACCCCCGUCACGGCCACCAGCGGCCUCAACCGGCCGCACGUGGUGUGCCUGCCUCAGGUGGCCGAGCGCCUCAAGCUGGCGUGGCAGCGGUCGGACCCCGUGCACGAGCUGGACGGCCAGCGGGCCCUGGUGGAGGCCUUCAACGCCUUCCCCUACCCCACGUCUCAGGAGACCGGCGCCCUGGCCCGGCAGUGCGCCCUGCCCGUGGACGACGUCAAGACCUGGUUCAUGAUGCAGCGCGUGCGCUACGGCAUCAGCUGGGCCGAGGAGGACAUCCGCGAGACGCGCCACAAGCUGCACGCGCUCCACGGCGGCCCGGCGGAGAGCAAGGAGGUGGAGGUGGAGGCGGCCUCGCCGGGGACGGACGCGGCGGCGGCGGCGGCGAGGCCUGGCGAGGAGGAGGAGGAGGAGAUGACGAUGGUGGACGAAGACGACGACCAGUACGAUUACUACGACGAGGACGACGACGGCGAGGACGAGGAGAUGAUGCGCGCGUUCGGGGCGAGCGAGGGCAUGAUCGCCGAGCGCAAGAGGGAAUAUAUGCCCGCGGCCCUCUGGUCAGCGCCGCCUCUCACCCGGCUGGAGCCGCCACCGAACGCCGGCAGCCUCCAGAGGGCCGUGGCGGGCGAGCUGCACCAGUUUCCCCUGCACCAGCCUCCCCUGCACCAGCCUCCCCCGCCGGGGCUGCCCAUCAUCGGCCACCUGUCGGCCAGCCCUCCGUUCGUGCUGAGCGGCCAGCCGCUGCGCAUGCGCUCCAAGAAGUCGCGCGCGCAGCUGAUGGUGCUCCGCCGGAGCUUCGUGGUCAGCAACUGGCCGUCGGAGGGCGAGCUGCAGAGGCUGCAGGGCGUCACCGCGCUCAGCCGCCACGAGAUCCGCAAGUGGUUCGCCGACAGCCGCUACCAGCUGCGCCGCAGCGGCGGCGAGCACAAGGCCGUCUCGAGGGGCAAUCACGCGCCCGUGGCGCCGCACGAGUGGAGAGUGGCGGCGCCGCCCCUGGACGUCCUCCCCAGGACCGCCCUCGGCGACGGCCAGCCACCUGGCCCCGUCGGCGAGGUGGAGGUGGUCAUCAAGCAGGAGGACCACCGGGACGCCUUACGAACCUUCAUCCGGACCAAAGAGGGCCACGCCAAAAUGGCCGCCCCCAGCCUCAACGGACACUCGGAAGCCUCGUCGGCCUCCUCGGUGCCCGCGCUGUCGUCGUACCUGCUGCCCGGCUACCCGGGGGGCGCGCCGGGCGCCCCGGGACCCGAGCGGCACCAGCGCCUGCGCAAGAAGACGUCGGAGCAGACGGAGGUGCUGCGCCAGGCCUUCCUGCGCUGCCAGUGGCCCACGGCGGAGGACUACAGCCGGCUGGAGCAGGUGACGGGGCUGCCGCGCACGCAGAUCAUCCACUGGUUCGGCGACACGCGCUACUCCUUCAAGCACGCGCGCCUGCGCUGGAUCGGGCCGGAGGAGCGGCGCGACAUCGCCACGCGCCUGGAGAUGGACGCCAGCCGCGCCUGGCAGGUGCGCUGGCACAAGCAGUGGCCCGGCCUGGGCACCGACGGACCCCCGCAGCCCAGCCCCGGCAACUGGAUGGACGCCAGCAACAGCUCCACCAGCUCCGUCCAGACGCUGGACGGGAUGGCCGGAGGGGACUUUGACCGGUGGUAUGACCUGUGGGACGGAGCUGUGCAGGGGCAAAGUGGGGGCCACACAGGUGCUGGACUCUGAUGCAUCACACUGACCCAAAAUGCAAGACACUGUUCCUUAACUCAUCUUCAUUUUGACCAUUUCAAGAGAUUACUUUUUUUUUCUCCAUGUGGGAUCACCUUACAAUUGCAGACUAGGUUUUUAAAAUGUCAUUAUGCAUUUCAUAACUGCCUUGUUGUUGCCGUUUGGUAGACCGUGGCUUUUCCACUAUCAGGCCCGUGUGAGCCUGUGCAGUCCAUAAGGCAAUUUGACUUAUGCACAAAGGCUCUUUAGCCAGCUCAUAUAUUUUCGGUAGAGCCUCAGGUGUGUUGUGGCGGAUAUUUUUUUAGUGUACCUGUUUAUACGGAUCCGGUUGGAUGUUGCACCUAGUGAAUGACCUCGUUAAGAUGCUGAAGGAUUUAUGCAUGUGGCAAAGUUGAAUAAAGAGUUGACCUUUCGGGGGUGUUAGCACAAAAAGAGCUGAGUAUAACAGAAAAGGCUGUUGCAACACGGCUGAUGCUCCAAUAUAUAUUUAUAUACGGAAAUAUAUGAGCUGGAAAAAGAGAACUUGUGUACAUGAACCAAUUUAGAGCCAGUGCCCACUGGGUCUCAAUUUCAGGCUUUAAUCAAAACACAUGCUGUUAUAAUCCUUAUGCUAUUGCCAGGUUCAAAAUGUAAGAGAUGUUAUAAUCAUCAAAUAUGCACUGUAACAACCAGUUCUCAUUCCUUACUUGAUGGAUCCAACCUUGCACAUUUUUAUUCAGCACAAAUAUUUAGCAAUUAUUUCCAUUUUUCAUUGUAGUAUCAUGUUAGUUGGUAGAGAGUGUUUCAUGGCACCUGCUUGACACAACUGAUCUGGACACAGCUAAUCCUGAGCCACCUGAAGCUCAGGUUGUCUCUGUUUGGCCCAAAGGGUUAUCCCGAAGGAAACACAAAUGGCCCUGGCAUGUGCUGACUCACCAUCAUUUGGUCUGAAAGUGGAAACUGCUGCUAUUUUUUUAGGAUUACGUUUAUACAUAGCCUAUAGGUCAGGCACAAUUAUUUGCGUAAAGGUAAAGUCCAGAAUUUGGAUUGGUACUCGUCAGCUAUGAAAUGAUAGUUCUCCCUGUGUGCUGAAACAUUGAUUUUUUUUUUUUUGUAUUGGUGUGUUGCCUGGUCCGCUAUAGGGCUGUGAGGAGCUAUUUGCUGAAUUUGACAGAAAGUGUAUUGGAUUAGAAUUGCAGACUGCCCCUUCAGUCUUUUAAGUAUUCAUUCUUAAGGUCAGUAAUGUGAAGUGCCCAAUUAAGCCCAAAGCCUGAACAAAUCAUUCUCCUUUGUGGGUCAUUCUGUGACAAAUCAGAUAAGGAUUUUUUUCUGCACCAUCUGAGAUUUUGUUCAAAUCUUGACUAUGUCAUGAAUGGGUCCCAAAACCAAGGCCUGUAAAAUAUUUCUGUUUAAACUCUGUCUUCAUAUUUGUAAGCCCCCCGGUAUUAUUUAAGUAUGACAUUCCCAGAUAAUGUGUUUUCCAGGCUAUCAGAGGCGCUGCAAUAACCAUUUUCCUGAAUUCUGUUUGAUUUGAAAUGGAAUGACCCUAGUCUAAAAUGAACCCUGGGGGAAUGACUUUUUCCCCCUAACCAUUAGUGCUACAAGACCUAUCCUGUCAUUCAGAAACAUAGUAAGGCUUCAGGCUCAUAUUAAGUCCUUAAAAUUCUUUUGUUUACGACGUGCAUUCAUUACGACUGAAGCGUUGUUGGGCACUGUAUUUCUUGCUAUCCUGCACUCAACCUAUGUGGUCACACAGAGGCUUCAUGUAGCUGAAGGUUGGAGGUGCAUUACAAGUGUUCCAGAUAGCUUCAGUUCUUUGAUGGCUUUAUGUUUGUCCACAGAAAUACUGGCCUUAUAGACAUAGCCAUCUCCAAACCAGUUUUGCCUGAUGAGUUUAUGACACUAAAGUUAAUUGCUGAAGUUCUUUAGAAUGUGGCAUGUGCUAAUUCUGUCGUUAGUCUUUCUUAUCGAGGUGUUUAUUAAGGUUUACCACAACCGUGCUAAAAUGCCUGAGUGUCUGUGGGAAAUUAUUAUUGGCCUUGAUGCAUUAAUGGCAUUCAAAUAAUUUAAAAUAGCUAAACCUGUCCAAACACAGGCAGGGUUUGAAGGAGAAGUUACUUCCUGCUUUUUUUUUUUUUAACUUUUGGGUUAUAGUUGUAAUACUCUAAUCUAUUUUUUUUGUGUGUGAAGUGAAUGCUAUGAAUUGUGCGUGGAUCCCCAUGUCAUCUGUUGCCUCACUCCAGUAUUGUUAAACUCUGUUACUUCCCAGUUCAUGUGGGUCACUGUUUACUUGAAUAUAACUCUCAAGGCAAAAUUCCAGACCUCUGCUACAAGCUGCUUUACGAAUAGCCUACUGAAAACUUUUUAAGCCCAAACGUUGGGAAACAACUUUGCUCUGGAUCCAUUUGUCUGGCCAGAACGAUUGACAGGUAAAGAACGGGUUAAAAGAAAAUAUUUUAAGUCCCUUUGGACAAAUGCGUCGGUGAAAUACAAUAACCAUAUUUUGAGAGAGGAUCCCUGUAUUGUUAUUGCUCUGUCUCGGGCCUUUCACUCUCAGAAAUCAAAGGAUACUGAAACCUUUUAUUUUUCUGCUGGGUCUCUCUGUGAAAGGACUACGUAAAACACUAAUAACGCUGGUCUUUGCUCGCCAUCCUACCACUAACUAUUAUUUCAGAGCAUAUGGUGUCCUGUCUAAGCCGUGUGUUUGGGAGUAGACAUUUCAUUGCACCUCUCCAUCUCUGAUUGAAGUUACAGAAAUAUUCACCCAGCUGUAACUCUUUCCGCUCUUCCCCCACCAGCUUGUGGAAAACCGCCCCAAAUUUAUAGCAAUUUUCAGCCGAGAACCUCCUCAGUCCUGAGAGACCUUUGUUUUUUAUUUGAUUCAUUUUGUGUGUUUGUGUGUGUGCUCAUUGUAUGCUGGCCCUCUUCUGAAACUGGUCGUGUUAAAACCAUUUCUGGCUGUGCAAUGCAAUCCUCUUAGUCUGGCGUGGUGUUGUUUUGAAAUCACAGCGUUACCUUAUGUUAUGUAUGUCAAAUCAUUUUGUGUCUUUGUGAUGUAGCAUUGUUCUGAGGUACCUGGUUUUGGGAAAGUCUCUUAUUGUGUGCACACUGAGAGUUCCGUUUUCUGUUUGUCUCUCUCAGUUGUGUAAGAUAAGGACACCAUCUAUAAUGUCAGAAUUCCCCUCAUGACUGUAAACAGAACAAGCCAAGGUAAAUCUUUUUAUAUCUCAGCUGAUUUGGUCCAGACUUUCAAAUCAAAACACCAUAUAUUUAUAGUGUGUCUUAACUGUUAUAUUUAGUUUUAAUAAUAGUAUUGUAUUAUUGUUCUUAUUUAACAAUAUUAAAUUACAAAUGCAAAAGGGAGAGCAUAUCUGUCUGUAAUCAUUAGUCAUUUCAAGAACUCAAAAUUCCUACAAAUAUUUUUUUUACAUAAUGUAUGUACAUCAAAAAAAGAAUACCCAGGAGGAUUAUGAUGACUUGUAGUUAAAAAAAAAAGUUUUUCAUGUUUUUCAUUUAUGUUAGCAUGACUUGGCAUCCAAAUGAAACUUUGAAUGUUGGCAUCAUGUUACCCUAAUAUUAAAGAAAACAAGUUUCUAGUAAUCUAGAAAGAUAGUUUGUUGAA